AUGGCAGAGAUACAACUGAGUUUGGCUGAAAAAACGUUUAUUCUUCACGGUGCAGAUGGAAAUUUUCGAAGUGAUGGGAGAAGCAGAACAGAUUAUAGAUGUAUGGAGUUGGAAACAAAACUGUUGGGCCAAGUCCAUGGAUCAGCAAGGCUAAGAAUCGGAAAUACAGAUGUUCUUGUAGGUGUUAAAGUGGAAAUCGAUGUACCAUAUCCUGAAAAUCCUCAUGCAGGCAAAUUGGAAUUUUUUGUUGACUGUUCAGCCAAUGCUACACCAAGUUUUGAAGGCAGAGGUGGAGAAGAACUGGCUAAUGAAAUCAGUAGUGUACUUGCAUUUGCAUAUCAGUCUCCCGAUGCUAUGGAUCUGUCUCAAUUAUCAAUACUGCCAUACAAAAAAUGUUGGAAGCUUUUUGUAGAUAUUUUGAUCCUAGAAUGUGGUGGCAAUUUAUUCGAUACAGUUGGCGCUGCAGUGAAAGCAGCUUUGUACAGCACAGAAAUUCCAAAAGUAAAAGGUGCUAUGCUGGAUGGUGGUGAAGCUGAUGUUAUUUUAUCAGACGAUAUCUAUGAUAGUUGGAAGUUAGAUGUAACCAACUUUCCAAUUAUUGUGACAUUGUGCAAAAUUGGAGAUAAUUGUGUAGUUGAUCCAUCUUGUGAAGAAGAAACGUGCAGUAGUGCAAGCACAGUUGUAUCAGUUUUACCUAGUGGUAAAGUGUCAUCUAUGAUUAAAAUGGGAUAUGGUAGCUUACUACCUUCUACAUUAACUAAAUUUUUAGAGAUGGGAAAAAGUGUUGGUAUUAAAUUGAACACUGCAAUAAUGUGCGCUUUGAAGAGCGAAGAUGAGUUGGGUGCAAACAGAGAAAUCGUUGGAUUUCUCAGAUAAAAAAGCCAAAGAGUUUGUUAUUUUUAA